UAAAUGUAUAGCAAAAUGCAAUGCUAUCUUAUCCUCUUAUCUUGUUACCACCUAUAUGUGUACAGAGUCAAGUGUCACGUAAUGUGAAUGAACGAAUAUAACCACUUGAUUGAUAGCGUCUCUGACAUAUUUAAAAUUGAAAGCCAUCACCUAUCUACUUCAAUUAAAUCAGUGCACUAAACAUAAACACAAUCAUGUCCCCGAAGGAUACGACGUAUCUCCUGAAACAUCUGCGUUCAAUUAUGAGCGAAGGGAGGUACUGCUCGGAAAUUUUGAACGCGUAUAUUGUACCCUCGACCGACUCGCACAACAGCGAGUAUCCUGCGGAAUGUGACAAACGCAGAGGAUUUAUAAGCGGAUUUAUUGGUAGCGUAGGAAGCGCCAUUAUUACCGAUAACGAUGCCCGUAUGUGGACGGACGGACGUUACUUUCUGCAAGCGUCCCAAGAAAUGGACGCCAACUGGACCCUAAUGAAGGAAGGGCUACCUUCCACUCCUACUCAAGCUGAAUGGCUGAUUAGCGCACUUCCACCUAAGUCGUGCAUCGGUGUCGACUCAAAGGUAAUCGGUCACAAUACAUGGAUGCAUCUCCAAGACGAGCUCGAAGCUCACGGCCACAAAUUAGUGCCGGUCGAAACGAAUUUGGUCGACUUGGUGUGGAAUGAACGGGACCGACCUUCGAUGGUACGAAAUCCCAUUGUACCACUGGAAUUGAAGUACAGUGGUAAACCGAUUAAAACAAAAUUGAGCGAAGUCCGUGAUCAAAUGAAGAAAAAGCACGCCAGCGUGCUUGUUCUCACAGCACUAGACGAAAUUGCGUGGCUCCUAAAUCUGCGUGGAAGCGACGUGGAUUUUAAUCCAGUCUUCUUCUCGUUUGUAAUCAUUUUGCCGCAAUCAGUCGCCGUACUGAUAGAUCCCAGUCAGGACACGCCCAUCCUUCACGAGCAUUUCAAGGCGGAAGCGCCAGGAAUUGAGAUCACAGUAGGCUUAUACAGCUCGGCUUGGCACGUUGUAAAAACGGCAGUUGAAGAGGUCACUGAUGGGUUUAUCUGGUUUUCGGAUCAUGCCAAUUACUCGCUAACCAGCAUAGUCCCCCCCAAGCGACUAAAAACGGAAAUAACUCCUUGCGCCCUACUGAAAACUAUCAAGAAUAACACCGAGAUUCAAGGUAUGAGAAAUGCGCACAUUAAGGACGCGGCAGCAGUCUGUUGCUAUUUCGCGUGGUUAGAGAAGGCGGUAGAAACGGGAACCGUCACAGAAAUAUCGGGGGCCAAUAAGUUGGCGCAGUUCAGGGCUCAACAGGAGUCUAUCAUGUCGCUCAGCUUUGAAACGAUAAGCGGUGUCGGGGCGCAUGGAGCAAUCAUGCAUUAUAAACCGGAACCGAAAAGCGACGUGCCAAUCACUAAGGACACUCUGUACCUAUGCGACUCCGGCGCCCAGUUUAAGGACGGAACGACCGACAUUACACGCACCGUUCAUAUGGGAACUCCGACCGAAUACCAAAAGGAAUGCUUCACGAGAAUCUUGAAGGGCCAACUGAAACUUGCACGAAGCAUCUUUCCCAAAAAGAUCAAGGGCAAUUACCUGGACUCGUUUGCACGUGAAUUCCUGUGGGGCGUCGGUCUCGACUACCGGCACGGUACCGGCCACGGUGUCGGUUCCUACCUAAACGUGCACGAGGGUCCCAUCGGAAUUUCGUACAAACCGUUCCCGGACGACCCCGGCAUGGAGGAGGGCAUGAUCCUCUCAAACGAGCCCGGAUAUUACGAAGAUGGCAAGUUCGGUAUACGAAUCGAAGACCUCGUGGUCGUCGUACCCGCGACACCAAUCUACACCCAUCACACCGAGUUUUUAACGUUUGAAACUCUAUCCUUGGUGCCCAAACAGACGAAAAUGAUCGACGUGAGCUUGCUGACCGAAGAAGAAAUCUUGCAGCUUAACUCGUACCAUCAGAAAUGCAGGGAGGUGAUCGGCGAGGUUCUCGACCGACAAAACCAGAUCGAGGCCAAGCAGUGGUUGUGGAGGGAGACUGAGGCGCUCAAAACUAAAUAGAUUUGUACUUGUAACGCAAAUACAUCGAUUAUUUUACAGA